CUAGCUCAACCAUUUCCAAAGAACUUUGAGAGAGAGAGAGAGAGAGAGAGAGAGAGAUCCUGAUGAUGGGGAGAGAUUUGCAGAUUGAGACAGAGGUAGAGAAAGAUAAUGAAAGGAGUGCCUAUUCGGAGGUGAAGAAGCCUUACCGGGCCUUCCUGGACGAAAACUGGGAUGCCAUGAAGAUAUUCUACGAGAAAAAUCCCCAACUAAUCUUUAAACCUCUGACAAUCGAGGGGGACACGGCAUUUCAUAUUGCGGCAUAUAGUGAAAGAACAAAACUGCUUCGGUGUUUCCUUGGUCUUGUACCUAACUCCAGGCUGUCGGAAGUGUUCUUGUCUAAGAACUGUCACGGUAACAGUACCCUUCACGAGGUAGCCUCCACGGACAACAUUGAAGCUGCAGAGCUCUUGAUUAGUAAACUCCAAAUGGCUGGUGAUCUAGAAAGUACAGCCAGUAGAAACAUUAAUCAGGUCACCCUGAAAGAGCUACUGGAGGAUCGGAACCAACUUGGUGAAACCCCUCUGUAUAGGUCUGCUGCCCUUGGAAAGCCCAAAAUGCUCAAGUUUUUGGCUAAAAGAGUUGGGAAUAUAAAGGAUCACUUCCAAAGGAAUGACACCGUCUCCAUUCUUCAUAUCGCUGUCUUUGGCCAACACUACGACAUCGCUAUUUGGUUGCUAGAAAAGGACAAAGAACUUGGAAAAAGAAAGACAGCCUCUGGCAUGACUUGUCUUCACGUACUAGCGAAAAUGUCAUCUGCUUUCAAGAGUUCCUCCCACGAGGACAACAUCAUCAAGACUCUCCUCUAUCAUUGUCUUCCUCAACAUCUAUAUGAUCGUGACGACGAGGAUGAGGAUGAUAAAGAUGAUGGUAGCAGCGAUGGUCAUGAAGCCGGUGUAAGAGAUUUGGAGAGCGAGCUAAGCAGCAAAAACCCUCGCGUAACAAAAACACAUCCAUCAGCAAUUUCAAGAAUAUACAAUGCUAUGUGGAGAACUGCAGCCAAAGAGUGGCCAUCCAUCGAGAAAGUCUGGAAGAGGAGAAGAACAAACAAAUCAGCUCUAAAACUCACAAAAUUGCUAGUGCAAAUGGAUACUACGUGGGAAAAGAGUUUAAUAGUAGAAGACAAGACGCUUUUCUUGGGGAGUGUGGAUAGUUUGGAUGAUGUUUUUAUUGAUGUUGAAGGAGGAAAAGAAGGAAAAUCAAGCACCAGCAGUACUACAGCUACUGUUGGAGAAGGUAAAUCAUCAGGAUCUGGAUCAGAACAGGAACCUUACACCCCAUUGCUGAUUGCAGCCACUGAAGGAAUAGUUGAAAUAGUACACGAGAUACUACAACAUCAUCCUCAGGCAAUUGAGCACUUGAGUAAGGAUGAGGAAAACAUAUUGCACGUGACUAUUAGCCACCGUCAAAUAAAAGUCUUUAAGUAUCUAAAGAAGAUGGACGUAAUUCUGAGAUGUAGGUUGGUCUCAAGGCUCAACGUGCGAGGCUACACCAUAUUGCAUCAGGUCGCCGACAUUAAAAACAGUCGUGAAGGAAACGAAACUGGUGGUGGUGGCCCUGCAUUCGUACUGAGCGAAGAGUUGAAAUGGUUCGAGCGUGUGCAAAAGAUGAUGCCAGCCCAUUAUACCUUGCACCGCGACAAUGAAGGUAGGACUGCAAGCGAGCUCUUCAGAGAGCAACACGCUCCGCUUCUCAAGGAAGCAAAAAAGUGGCUAAUUGAUACCAUUGGAUCGUGCACUACCGUCGCCAUCCUCGUCGCCGGUGUUGUUUUCGCAGCUGGCUACUCCGUUCCAGGAGGUACCGACGAAUCCGGCGUCCCGAGAUCCCUUCACUCUCCCAUCUAUAUGGCCUUCACCAUCACGGAUAUUAUCGCCCUUGUGAGCUCCUUAAUUUCCGUCGUCAUGUUCCUCAUGAUCACUUCAUCUCCGCUUGAACAAGAAUAUUUCCACUAUAAAAUCCCCCGGAAGCUGAUGAUCGGCUUCAGUUUUCUCUUCUUCUCCAUGAUACUGGCAAUGAUUUCCUUCUCUGCGAGUCUUCUGCUCAUACUUCGUUAUGAUCAGAAGAGAUCUUGGACUCAGACUGUGAUUUAUGCUGUUGCACUCCUUCCUAUUUGCCUUUUUGGGAUUUUUCAGUUUCCCUUGUACGCUUCGCUCACUAGAACUUUGCACUACCUUCACAAGACAAUAACGAAGAAGAUUCUUCCCCAGGCAUUCCUUCCUCAUAAAUCCCUCAAGAAAGGCAAGCGAAAGUCCUAUUGA